CUUAUUGAGUUCGCUGCUCUUGGGCUUCAAACUGUAGCAAGUUGUGGCCAUCGCGUUUGGCCCUGGUUUCCGCGCUCGGCGCUGCUUUGUCACGUCGCAAUUCCCGACGCCCGGCUAGUAUUGGGCCGUCAGGACAGCCUGUAGCGCCUGGCACCAGCGCUCUAGCACAGUGCAGUUGCUAUACUCGUGUCGGCCCCACCGGUGCGGGAAACCCUCCGGUGUCAUCGAACCUUUUGGCGUCGCUGCACGCGCUAGACGCCACAGCUGCUGGAGCACGACCGAGGCGCGUUUAAAAGCCAAGCCCAGACCCGUGUGGUAACUGCAAGGGCAACCGUCCUGACCCCUCGGCGUCAAGUUUCCGGUUCGUAACUCGAACGUGUCACACCAACUUCUGGCUCACAGCAGCCGGCAUGGGAGCCACCAUCAGCUCCUGCGUGGAGCCGGGCCCCACCUUUGCCCUGUUUGAGGCGGUCCGCACGGGCGAUGUGCGCCGCAUCAACAUGUGGCUGGGCCUGCAGCCGGAGCUCCUAAAGUACCGGAACCUUUCAAGCGGCGACACGGUCUGGCACGUGGCGGCGGUGGCCGGCAACGCCGAAGUGCUGGAGGCGCUGGCCUCACACGCGCCAGCGCUGGAGGAACUGGAGGUGCAGCAGCGGCGCCUGCAGCGCCAGAAGAGCUCCCGGCGCCGCAGAGAGGCGGCGUCCGCAGGCCGGGUGGCGCCCCGGGCGGAGCUGGCGGUUGCAGCUGGCGCCGGCGCCGUCGGCAGUGGUCGAGGAAGUGGCAGCGGCAGCAGUGGGGCGGGCGGAGCGCUGAGCGAGGCGGACCGGGCGUCGCCGUCGCAGCCCGCCUCACCCAACGCGGCGGCACCGUCUCACCCCGACGUGCAGCGGACGCAGUCGGACGAGCAGCCGCCACAGCCGCACCUGCCAGCUCAGGAGCAGGCGGACCCGCAGCUGCAGCAGCAGCAGCAGGCUUCCGCGGACACGCCUGAGCCCGCGCAGGCUGCCCGGGUGGAGCUGCUGCGCUCUGUCAUCAACCUCCGCAGCGACAAGCACCAGACGCCGCUGAUGCACGCCGCCAAUGCGGGCCGCCUGGACGUGCUCAAGUGGCUGCUGCAGCAGGGUGCUGAUCCCUGGGCCCAGGACCGCUGCGGCCUGCGCUCCGCACUGCACUACGCGGCCAUGCGGGGUCGUGUGGAGUGUGUGCAGGCGCUGCUGGACUUCAUGCCCUCCACCGCAGAGCUGCGCCGCUACCUGGAGUACCGCUCCAUAUCCGGACUCACGCCGCUGCACUACGCCGUGUCGAUGGGCCAGGCGGAGGUGGUGAGGCUGCUGCUGCAGCGCGGGGCGGACAUGAUGGCUGUUAACCUGAUCGGUGAUGCGUAUGACCUUGUGCAAGUGCCCAAGCGCUCCACGCCACUGCACGUCGCCGCCGCCGUCCCCGGCCCCGGCGGCCUCCAGUGCGCGCUGGUGCUACUGCAGCAUUACCACCACAACCUGGCCGGACCCUCCUUCCCCGACCCGCGGCGCCGUGUCGACAUCACCGGUCGCACGCCGUACCAGGUGGCCAACUUCUACCGCUCUCAGUCCGCGCUCAUUUCGGAGCUGCUGCACCCCGCCUCCAACCUGGCGUCCAUGUUUGAGCGCGAGGGCGGAGCUGAGGCGGCAGGAGGCGGAGGGUACGCAGAGGGCGCGGCACCGGUGCUCCGCCUGAAGCAGAUCGCCGGGGCGGCGGUGCGGCGGCAGCUGCUGGCGGACAUUGAGCACUCGGAGCGGGUCAUCCAGCACUUCCGCCGGCGCCACCGCGCGGCGGGCGGCCUGGAGCGGCUGUCGCCCUUCGCCUGCAGCAGCACCCCUGCAGCCAGCGCACCCGACCCCGACCCGCACGUCGGCCUGCCGGGCGGCGUUGACGACAGCGGCUGCGCCCUGGAGCGACUGCCGCACGAGCCCGCCGGCAGCAGCCGGAGCGGCAGCACGUGUGGCGUGGGGCAGGUGCCUGACGCCGCCUGCUGCCCGCCCGAGAUGCAGCAGCGCGUGGGCGGCUGCGUGGUGGCGGUGCCGGCCGCCAAGGAGUCCGACAGCCGCCAUGGAACUGCGUCCGACGCAGGCAGCUGCUGCGAGGGCGGCAAGGGCUGCGGCAGUGUCAAGGCCGCAGCCGGCGGCUGCCCUGCAGGCUCUGCGGCUGCGGCCGCGGUCGUGUUGCCUGGAGUAGAGAAGGUCACAGCGCAGGCUUGCUGCAGCGGCGGCGGCUGCGGCGGCGAGGAGGCCUCGGCAGCUGGCGCCGCUGCUCCUGCUGAGGGCGCGGCGGCUGGGGCAGCAUCAGACUCUACAGUCAUGGUAGUGCCGUGCUGCACGUUGGAUGAGCGGCAGCGAGGCGCCUGCUGCUCUGCACCCUGCGUGUGCAGCAGCAACUGCCGCCCUGGUCCUGCACCGCAGCCCCACGCAAGCAGCACCACCGGAAGUGUUGCUGUUGCUGCCGCUGCGCCCGCCCUUUCAAGGGCCUCCAGCAAAGCAGCCCUGUCUCUGCAGCGGUCCCCUUCCUUAGCGGGGAGCGUCAGUGCCGGCACCUCGGCACCCAUGGCGGCUGCGGUGUUGCUGAGGCCGCUGCCGGGCUGCUGCACUGUGCGCCAGCCCCUGAACCGGUUCGCCAGCCGCAGCCUGGGCUACGAGGCGGCCGGGGGCACGGGCGCAAAUGCGCUGAGGGCAGGCGCCACAGCAGCCCGCGGCGGCGCGUACGCGAAAGCGCCCCUGGUGCCUGUGGCGCAAUGUUCCGUCUGCCUGGAGGACGCCUUCUGCUUGGUGUCAGAGCCCUGCCACCACCGGCUGUGCGCCACCUGCAGCCGGGAUGUGACGCAGCGGGCAACCGCGCUGCCGCUGGCGUGUGUGGUGUGCCGCGAGCCCGUGUUCCAGUUCACCAGCCCCGUGUGCUGAGCUGCCACGGCUGCACGUACGGUUUGCCUCGCCGAAUCGCAUCAUGUGUUACCAUACGCUGCCACGUGCACGCUGUAGCUGGGUGCUUAUUGUUAUUGUUGGUGGGGAAUUGAGCUUAUGUUAUGGAAUGUAGCACGUUUUAAGGGUCCCUACGGUCCUACCCGUGGCCCUGGACCUGACGGGCCGCGAAUUGGCUUAGAUUGCAUCUGAAGUUGCACACUUCAAUGUUUGACAUCGUGACUAGGGCUCGCGGGCGACGGUGAGCCUCUUUAGUAUUUACUGCGCUAUGGGUGUCAUGCUCAAUUGCUGAGGAGUGGGUAAGCGGUUUGCACAAGUUCAGCCAGCAAGCGCGCCGAGGUCUUGAAUUAAAUAGUCUUUGCGGAGAAUGCGGAGAAGUGCAUGAGCCUUGAUAGUACAGAAACUGCUGGGUUGGGUAAUGAUGGGCAUCGUACGUACGUACUACCGAUGGACUUGUUUUGUCACUGUGGUCACUGUGGUGGCAGGUCACGUCCCAUUCAUACACGGGUUUCACGUUUCCAUUAACACACGGGGGGCUACUCUCACACCGUCCUGAGUGGUCGUCUGUCCUAGGCGCAAACUCAACACAUGGCUUCGGCGUGUGGGGACGCGGCGUUGGCGAGAGCCACGGAUACCGUGGGGGCAUGUCGCAACCGUGGAGGGCACUGUAAGCGUUGCAUGUGA